UCAAAGACGGAAGUUUAAAGAGGUGAGACUAGGUCACAGCAUUCCCAGUACAUUUAUCUCUUAUCAAGAUAAAAUACAGGGAAAUUGAUAUCGACUAUCAAAUUGUCCAUACACUUAACAUUCGUCACAGAACUGAGAUAAAAUAGCAUUUCUCACAUAGAACGCUUACAAAAAUUGUUAAAUAAAUUAAAUAAUGUUACAAAUAUUGUGCCUAUGGUCUAUGUUCGUAUGGAGUGUUGGUGCUAGUGUGUGUGAAGGAGAACUUUGUUCCCGAAAUGUGGCUCCUAGAAUCGCGGGCGGAGACAGAUCUGAACAAAAUGGGCGACCUUUCAUGGUGGCCUUAUACUCGCGGGUGGGCACUACAGGAGACCUAGGAUUUUGUGGCGGAGCUCUCGUGAGCCCUGAAUGGGUGAUUACUGCAGCACACUGCUGUUUCCAUAACGGAGAAGAAGUUAAUCACGUACAGGCUAUUCUCGGCGCCCAUUCUUUGUAUGACCGCUAUGAGCACGGCCGACGCGUGGUGAACGUAGCCGAGCUGGUGAUCCACCCGGAUUACGAUCCUGACACCUUCGCUAACGACAUUGCAUUGCUAAGACUAGCCAACACUAUUCAGCUGUCUGAUAUGAUAUCUACGAUCCAGCUGCCGUACCGCAACAUAUCAACGUUCAACUUCGCAGGGGCUGGGGCUACCGUGUCCGGUUGGGGCAUAGCCGCUGAGGGAGUGACCUUCAUAUCGCCGACGCUUCGUGAGAAGAGGAUGACAGUGUUAACGGACACUUUCUGCAACACCACGUACUUCAACCAGUUGCCUGAUAGUACUAUAUGCUCCUUCCAUGGCGUUGCCGGUACUUGUAAGGGCGAUAACGGCGGGCCGCUGACGAUAUUCUACAACGCAACUGAAGAGGAUAUUUUGGUUGGAGUGACUUCAUUUAUCAGCUCCACUGGCUGCAAUGACGACCAACCCUCUGUGUUCACGAGGGUACAACGGUACCUCGACUGGAUCAGCCAACUGACUGGAGUACCAAUUCUCUAUCACGGGCACAUAAUGAAGGAUAUUAUAAUAUUUUUUGUUUUAUAUCUCACUGGUGUGUUAGCUUUUUUGGAAGUACCGACCAAUUACCACGAUGCCAUCGGUAUUCCUACUGCAAAGCGGAUAAAGGAUCUGGAAGAAGCCAUUCAAGCUAAUCAAACUGGAACUAUCGAGGACAGGAUCAUCGGUGGAAAGUUAGCACCUUUGAACGCGUACCCUUUUUUCGCUGGCUUACAUAUAAGUUUAGUUGGUACCCCAAAUACGUCAGUAUGCGGUUCUACAUUAUUGUCUCCCAGUCGGGUGGUGACUGCUGCUCACUGCAAUUUUGAUGGCGUCGAACUAGCCUCGGAAUUUACUGUAGUUUUGGGCUCCAAUUUCCUGUAUAAUGGCGGUGAACGUAUUGCCACUAGACAAGUCGUCAUGCAUCCCUACUAUAUACCCGGGGUAGCAAAUGAUAUCGCUAUGCUAUACUUGCCCACGAACGUUAUAUUUACGGAUAUUAUACAUCCGAUUAGGUUACCAUAUAUUUCAGAGUUAGACAACCUUUUUGUGGGAUAUGAAGCCAUAGCUGUUGGUUUUGGAAGUACUAGCGAUACACAUCAAAAUAUAGCUGAGGACAUAUUGAGCUACGUCAUGCUCCAGGUGAUCGACAACGCUGAAUGCAAGCCGUUCAGAGUGACGCCUAACAUUAUCUGCACGAGUGGUGUUGGACCUGUAGGACCUGUGGGUAUUUGUAGUGGAGACUCCGGUGGCCCCCUUUUCACCUUGGACUCCAAUGGAAAUCCUUUAUUGAUUGGUAUCACCGCCUUCAGGAGUAGACUGAACGGUUGUGAAGGAGGUGACCCUUCAGGUUUCACUCGAGUCACCAGAUACAUGGAUUUUAUCAUUUCUAAUUUAGACAUCACACUAUGAGUGUGCUCUGUAAUACAUGGUGACAGAAUGUUUAAAGUACCUAUGUAAUAA